ACGCUUACCAACACUGCUCCCCAUAGAUGGCGUAACAACAAAGAGCAAUAGUUGAUUGCUCAAUUGAAUAUAAUAAAACAAUUAUGGAAUUAAGUUAGUUGCAAAGUGCAAAUACAAUAACAAAAACAUGUCUGGCAUUUAUCCCAGAGAGGCGGUUCGCGUCAAAGUUAAGAAAAACGAAGCGAGCAGAAAUCCAGAAUGGCGCAAAUUCUCCGUGGAUCCGCAGAUUACAACAUUAGAAGUGCUUUAUUCGCUGCUCGCCAAGGCCUUUGACAUUAAAUCGGACUUUUCAAUUAUAUACAAGGCCUUCGAUCCAGCUGGCAAUGAAAUCUAUCUUGGUGUGCUUUCUGAUUGGGAUUUGGAUGCAGCAUUCCUGCGCAUACACAAUUUAUCCAUACAAACGUCCUCGGAGCCAUGUUUAAUGCUGCAAAUCGAUGUGAAGCCUUUUACCGUUGUGCGGGAGUGUGAAACGGAGUCCACAACUAACAGGAUCCACAACAACACAACGCCCACGGCCUCAUCCACAUCCACAUCGUUGUCGGCCAGUGUGUCCCCACUGCAAUCGUUGGGUGUAUCGCAAAAAUAUGUGCAACAUAUGCAAACAAAGUUGCCAGGUCUGAUUAUGAAUCAAAUGGAAAAGACCUUUUCGAUAGUGCAGAAGGCCUUCAAUUUAUCGGAUGAGCAUAUGGCCAAUCUGCCGCCACGUCCGCCCAUGUGUGAUAGCGAGUUUCGACUGUUUCUCGACGCCCUCGGUCAAAUCCAGCGCAACGAUGAGUUACGCAAAAUCAUCUUCCAGGGCGGCAUCGAGCCGAGUCUGCGUCGCGUGGUGUGGAAACACUUGCUGAACGUUUAUCCGAGCGGAGUGCACGGAUAUUCCAUGGACGGACAUCAGCGCAUGGAGUUUAUGCGUCGCAAAUCCGAGCAAUAUUAUAAACUGCGGGAUACGUGGAAAUGUGCCGUGCAGCGGGGAAAUGUCGCCGGAGAGUUGGCGUAUGUGACGAGCAUGGUGAAGAAGGAUGUGCUGAGGACGGAUCGACUUCAUCCGUUUUAUGCGGGCAGCGAUGACAAUCAGAACAUUGCCUCGCUCUUUAACAUAUUGACGACAUACGCGCUGAAUCACCCUGUGGUCAGCUAUUGCCAGGGUAUGUCCGACAUCGCCUCCCCGCUCCUGGUCACCAUGAAUGACGAGGCACAGGCUUAUAUCUGCUUCUGUGCCAUCAUGUCCAGGAUGCGAGGAAAUUUCAUGUUGGAUGGCGUCGCGAUGACUCAGAAGUUUGCACAUCUCACUGAGGCACUGAGCUUCUAUGAUCCCGAAUUCUGGGAAUACCUCAAGUCACAGCAGGCAGAUGAUUUGCUCUUCUGCUACCGCUGGCUGCUCCUCGAGCUGAAGCGCGAGUUUCCUUUCGAGGAUGCACUCCGCAUGCUCGAGGUUCAGUGGAGCUCCUUUCGAUACGAAAACAAUGGAUCUAAGGAACUACCGCUUUACGAAAAGGAAUUUAUGCCCAUUGUAGAGACGUCGGCGCCGAACAGUGCGACGAGUACGUUCUCGACUUCGUACAGUGCGACUCCGACGAGUCCCUCGUAUCUGCUGACGAAGCCGCGAGAGAAUCCCUACACGAAGGUGUGUGCACUGAGAAGACAGAGUUCGUCGGCAUCUCUCAGUUCUCUUAGCUCCUCGGUGGGCACAGUGGGCAUAGUGGGGAGCAAUGCACUGGACAACUCGAAGCGACUUAAUCACAGUCUGGAUGACAAUAUGUCGAGGCAUGCAACACGGCGUCAAAGACGCGUUUCGUCCAAGGCACAUCAGAGUCUGGAUGAGUCUAAAAUGCUGGCACUUAUCGAGGGAGGAGUCAACGGGGAGAACGGGGAGAACACAAAGUCCGUGUUGGAGUUAAAUGCCGGCGAGGAUACGGAUGAUGAUGUUUUUGUUGCUAAGGAGCAAAUGACGCAGUUUCAUGAAACGAAUCCCUUUAGGGAUGAGGUUCUGCAACCACAAGCUAGCAAUAAUAUUAAUAAUAAUAAUCAUAUUAAUAAUAUCAAUCAGGAGUGUAAGAAACCAUCAGGAUUGACCAAAUUGCCGGAGAGGAACCUGCUCAAUGUAAGCAAUAUGAUUGCCAAGCAAUUGACAAUUCAGUCAGUCAGUGAGAGCGUCAAACGCGUCAGUCACGUCAGUCACUUUAAGGAUCUCAAGGAGAAAUUAGCAGCCACCAGUCGCAUGGGCAUGGCCAACUCCUCCUGCUCCGCCGCCUCCUCCGACAAUAUGCCUCCCAAAUUGGUAAAGAAUUUCAAUGAAUUCCUCAAUUUUGCCAGCAUCAACAAAAAUCGACUAUCAGAUCAUUUGGCAAAUCAGCUGCAAAUCAAUGAGAAACCACAGCAGAAGGUGCAGCUGUUAGGGGUCGGACAUUUGGGCAGUUCCCUGGAUGAAUCCGAUUCAUCUUCCAUACCGGAAACCAGUUGGAGUGUGUCCACAGCCGCUACAGCAAUACAACAGGCUCAGGAGCUAAGUAGUUAUAGUUUGCAAUUAGAUCUGAAUGCCGUGACACCUGUGGAGGUAGGGGAACAGGAACCGGAUCAAGAUCCCGAUCAGGAUCAGGAGUAUUAUCCCAUGACAAAUGCUAUAACACGCGAGCUGCGUCUGGAGUCGGAGAAUUUGGAUCGUCAAGUUUUUGGUUUGCCUUUCACGGAAAAGCAACAGCUUGAGGAUGACAUCGAGUAUGAGCAACUGGACAAGGAUACACUCGACAUGGUGGAGGAUCUGCAAGAGAAUGAGAUUAUCAACUGUCCGGCGGUCAGUGAGUUGCACAUGCGACGACGGCAGCGACUGACAGCCGCUAAAAGUCAAAGUGUGCAACCUAGAGAUGUGAAUCCCUUCAUGGAGGAUGCAACCAAUCUGCUACUGGAUGCAGUAGGAGUUGCUCCGAUCGCCAUGCGAAAUAGUAAUAGUUUACCAGAGGUUAUAAUGCCCAUUUCAACGGAACCAAAUCGUGUGGGAAUCGUGGAGAUGGGAACCAAUGCAGACGAUGAAAGCGCCUACAGCAACUCCUACUCGAGAUCACCUCAACAUCAGCAUAUUGGAGGCUCCUCGUCCUCCUCUUGCCCGCUGCCUCCUCCCGCUGAAUUUGGUGGCGGCAAUGCAUUCCUCAUGUUUCUUUGCUUGACUCUCUUGUUGCAACAUCGCAAUACAAUCAUCAAGGCGGCCAUGGACUACAAUGAGAUUGCCAUGCACUUCGAUAAGAUGGUGCGCAAGCAUGACGUCACCCGGGUCCUGAAUCAGGCCAGGCGCAUGUACUCGGAAUAUCUGCAAGCUCAAACAGCCACUGCCGAGUCCGCCAAGAGUCCGAGUCCUCCCAGAGCAGCAGGAGCAGGCAGUUCCCCAGAAGCCACAAAUUAAACCAAAACUUGACGAGCGACUUGCCUCAAGACAUUUCGAAUAAUUCCAAGCACACGUGUUUAACAUAAUUGAGUAACUAAAAUGCGUCUUUCAAUUCGCCAAAGCUUUUAUUUUAUAUGUGAGUGAAGUUUAUUUAUUUAAACAUAUUUUAUUUUAUAUAUAAUUGUAGUUUAUUUAUUUAACCAUCAACUUCGUACAAGCCAACAUAGUUAAGUUGCCAAAUUGGCUUGUGUUUUUUCUUAAAUGUAUCUCAACUACGUUCCACACUCAACUUAAUACUUAUUAUGAUAAAUCCAGCGCAAAGACUACCGAUAUUACAAUGAAAAAAAAAAGAAAAAAUCUGAAGUUUGAAUAACUUUUAACUUUAACUAUUACUAUUUGGGUAUUAUUGUCUCU